CCUUGUUUGCCCCCAUCAGACACCAAUCAUGACCACCAAGCUAGAGUCCGUCUACAAGCUCAAAUGCAGCUGCAACCAGUACCCAUGGGGCAAGCAGGGCAGAGAGUCCAUUGCUGCUCGUCUGUGUGAAAAGCAACAAGGAUGGGACGGCAAAGGACCGCAGACUCCCUUCAAGAUCGACAAUGAUAAAUCAUACGCGGAGAUGUGGAUGGGAACCUACCCAGCCUUGCCAUCCUAUGUCGAGGAGACCGGAGAGGACCUCCAAGAUGUCCUGGACCGCUAUCCCAAGGAGCUUAUCGGUCAAGAGACUCUCGACAAGUUUGGUCACUCCAAGUUGCCAUAUCUUCCCAAAGUGCUAUCGAUUGCGAAAGCCCUGCCUCUCCAAUUGCAUCCCAACAAAGAAGUAGCAGCUAGGCUACACAAGGAAAACCCAAGUGACUUUACGGAUCCCAAUCACAAACCGGAAAUCGCCCUCGCAUUGGGUAAAUUCGAAGCCUUUUGCGGCUUUAAGCCCCUAGCAGACAUCGCAGACCUGCUCAAACUCAAGCCCCUCCAACAAUUCAUCCCAGAAAACACUCAACUCUCCUCAUUCACCAACCAACAACUCAAGUCGGUCGUAGGAAACAUGCUCAAAUCCUCCGAGUCCACCGUCAAAUCCGUCUACCAAGGCCUCACAUCCCUCCCCUCCUCAGACUUCGGAACCAAAUUCUCCCAAAUCCCCACCCUCGCCCCUCGCCUCGCAGAACAAUACGGCUCGUCCGACCCAGGGAACCUCGUCGCCCUCAUAACAAUGAACUACCUCGUCCUCCAAGCCGGCGAAAGCAUCUACAUCCCCGCCGACGGAAUCCACGCCUAUCUCUCCGGAGACAUCAUCGAGUGCAUGUCACGAAGCAACAAUGUCCUCAACACAGGUUUCUGUGCCCGAGCAGACCGAGACAACAUUGACCUCUUUCUCGAAUGCCUCACUUUCACUCCUCAUUCCGCCCAAGAGGCGAUUCUGAAACCUGAAGCAUAUGCUAAGAGCAAAAAUGGCAAAUCUACAGUUUAUGCACCUCCUUUGCGAGAAUUCGACAUGUUGCAAACGGAAUUGAAAAAUGCAGGGGAAAAGGAAGUUUUGGCUGCUGUGGGUGGACCGAGUAUUAUGCUUGUGACGAAAGGUGAUGGAAAGAUGAAAGUGCGUGGAAAGGAAUUUCAUCUGAAUGAGGGAGCGGUGUAUUUCAUUGGACAGGGAGUCGAUGUGGAGAUUGAGAGUACAACAGGAGAACUUCUGCUGCAUACUGCUCUGGUGGAAGGUAGUACGUCGUAGGUAGGUAGCUAGGUAUAUGUACAUGUAUAGAU